GAGAGUGUGUCUGGAUUGUCUCCCCGUGUAUGGUGUGAUUAGAUGCGAGAGAGUGUGUCUGGAUUGUCUCCCCGUGUAUGGUGUGAUUAGAUGCGAGAGAGUGUGUCUGGAUUGUCUCCCCGUGUAUGGUGUGAUUAGAUGCGAGAGAGUGUGUCUGGAUUGUCUCCCCGUGUAUGGUGUGAUUAGAUGCGAGAGAGUGUGUCUGGAUUGUCUCCCCGUGUAUGGUGUGAUAAGAUGCGAGAGAGUGUGUCUGGAUUGUCUCCCCGUGUAUGGUGUGAUUAGAUGCGAGAGAGUGUGUCUGGAUUGUCUCCCCGUGUAUGGUGUGAUUAGAUGCGAGAGAGUGUGUCUGGAUUGUCUCCCCGUGUAUGGUGUGAUAAGAUGCGAGAGAGUGUGUCUGGAUUGUCUCCCCGUGUAUGGUGUGAUUAGAUGCGAGAGAGUGUGUCUGGAUUGUCUCCCCGUGUAUGGUGUGAUUAGAUGCGAGAGAGUGUGUCUGGAUUGUCUCCCCGUGUAUGGUGUGAUUAGAUGCGAGAGAGUGUGUCUGGAUUGUCUCCCCGUGUAUGGUGUGAUUAGAUGCGAGAGAGUGUGUCUGGAUUGUCUCCCCGUGUAUGGUGUGAUGAGAUGCGAGAGAGUGUGUCUGGAUUGUCUCCCCGUGUAUGGUGUGAUGAGAUGCGAGAGAGUGUGUCUGGAUUGUCUCCCCGUGUAUGGUGUGAUUAGAUGCGAGAGAGUGUGUCUGGAUUGUCUCCCCGUGUAUGGUGCACUUAGAUGCGAGAGAGUGUGUCUGGAUUGUCUCCCGUGUAUGGUGUGAUUAGAUGCAAGAGAGUGUGUCGGGAUUGUCUCCCCGUGUAUGGUGUGAUUAGAUGCGAGAGAGUGUGUCUGGAUUGUCUCCCCGUGUAUGGUGUGAUUAGAGACGACAAAUUGAAGGCCAUAAUAGAUGACUUUAUCCGCCGACUCUCCACCAUCAGCACCGACGCCUUGACGACAUCAGAGAAGUACAGUUAUGAAGUGUUUAACGACACUCUAUCCACGUUUUCUUCCAACCACCAGUGGCGCGUCUAUGGUCCCCUGAAUCCUCUCAACUUCCUAGAAGGCGACCAGAUCGAUCCUGCAUACACUGUACGCAUCCUUAAUUAUGAAACAAAACAGGAUUACGAGAAUUACCUCUCCCGGUUACAACUGUGGCCGACUAAGUUUAACCAGUACAUUACACGGUUCAAGGAAGCGGCGAAGAACGGACAUACGUACCAUCGAGUCUCAGUGGACAAACUCCCAGGACAGAUUGAGCCGCUGCUGGUGGCAAACCCUGAGACAUCAGUCUUCUACAAGCCAUUCACCACUGACGUCGACAAGCUGCCCAUCUCCAUUACUGCCAAGACAGACUUACGCACUCGUGGUCGACAGGCUGUGGUGAAUCUGCUGGACGGGUUCAAGGGAAUCAAGGAAUACAUUGAGCAGGACUACAUAUUCCAGACACGCAGCACGUACGGUGUGUUGGGGCUGCCUAAAGGUAAAGACUUGUACAGGGCCUGCCUGAAGUGGCACAUCUCGGUGGACCUCACCCCAGAGGAGGUGCAUCAGAAGGGCAAGGAGGAGGUUGCGCGGAUCAGCUCAGAGAUACAGAUGAUAAUGCGGAAAAGAAAAUUUACUGGGACAGUAGCAGAAUUUUACAAGCAGUUGAAAGAACAACCCCAGUUUCAUCUGAACAGUGCCGAUGAACUCUUGAAGGAAUACCGAUAUAUGGUAUAUGAGAGAAUAUACCCACAGUUGUCGAGGGCAUUCAAGAAUAUACCAAACCUCAAUGUCAGUGUGGAGUCCAUGCCUAAUGACGGUACAGGGGGGGCGUACAUAGCGGGAACAGCGGACGGAUCACGACAGGGAGUAUUCCAGGUCAACCUUAAAAGGCCAAACGAAACAAACACGUUCAGUAUGAUGGCAUUGACUCUACAUGAAACAGUUCCUGGUCAUCAUCUACAGUCCGUGUACGCACUCACUGCCAGCCUGCCAGACUUCCAGAGAAAUAUUGAAUAUGAGAAAUAUUUUGCCGUUCCUUAUCACUUUCCGUUUUACACGGCGUACACUGAGGGAUGGGGUCUAUACGCAGAAUCUCUCGGAGAAUAUUUAGGUAUCUAUAAAGACGAUAACGAACUACUUGGUCGAUAUGGGGAGGAGAUAUUCCGUGCGUGCAGACUGGUCGUUGACACGGGAUUACAUUACUUUGGAUGGACACGUCAGCAGGCCAUCACGUACAUGGCUGACCACACCCCGAUGGGCCGAAAUGAGAUUGAGAUAGAAAUAAACCGCUACAUCACCACGCCCGGUCAAGCAUGUGCUUACAAGAUUGGAGAACUUAAAAUAAAGGAGCUGCGACAAACUGCGAUGGACAAGCUGGGUUCCAAAUUCGAUAUAGGAGACUUCCAUAGUCAGAUUCUGGAGAAUGGUCCAGUACCGCUGAGACUGUUAGAGAAGAUCGUUAAUAACUGGAUAAACGACGUUUCCGGAAACGCAGCGACAUCUAGCGGUGGUGGUGCCAUGUGACACAACUCUAAUUUUGUAACACCAGCCUCUGCGGCCUAAUAUUAUGGAAUAAACCUGACAGAAGCGGAAGUUCGUUGAUCGUUGUUUAGCUUUUAGUUUCAUGUGUUACGACUUCGGCUACAGUGCAUAUACUGACAUAUAUUUAUGUACACCUACGUAAUAAAUGAUUUAAAAUCAAA